GUAUGUGACGAGAAUGAAAUAUGUUUUUUUUUUGUGAUAGUACCUAAUCUAUGGUGAUAGUCAUGUCACUUCACAAUUCACUAAUUUGGAUUUGAAUUGAGUGAAAUGUCAAAUUUUAAUUGAAUUUAUUUGUGACUAAAUUAUUUUGCAAGAUGGUGUGUAACAUAGUUCAGGCCUAUUAAUGUAUUAAUAAAUAAUUCAUUUAAUAUGACUUAGAGGUAGUGAUAAGUGAAAAUACACAUUUUUGUUGAUAAAGAAAAAGAAAAAUGAAGAAAUUAACAGGUUCGUUUCGGUACACCCAGUGGGAUCCGUGGCUAAUUAUUUUUCAAAUUUUAUCUGUCCAAUGCAUCUUAUAUGUUACGUUGGGUAUUACGAUAACUUUAUUAGGAACACUUAUUGGUGAUACGAGGACGCUGGAUCAUAUAUUUGAAUAUCAUGAAAUCCAAGUACGAGACAUUGGAGGACGCUUAGUGAUCUCAAGUUUCGUAAUAAACUCACUAUUUGGGGCCGCCGUCCUGUGGUACAUUGUAGAAAGAACAAAGCAAUGUAUGGACUUCAGCUGUACAUGGCACAUAAUCCAUUUAGUGAUUUGUUGGUUUUAUAACGGACAGUUUCCCACCACAUUUUCAUGGUGGGUGCUUAACGUAGCCUGCGCAACUUUAAUGUGUGUGUGUGGUGAAUUUUUAUGUCUUAGGACAGAGUUGGCAGCUAUACCCCUUUCACUAGGGCCGAAAACCGAUCUGUGAGCAUAAGAGUGAUAAUUUGUGGAAUCGCAUGUUUAGUAUUGUUGAAGUAUUAACUUUAAACUUUAUUGAGGAGCAAAAGGUUGGUUAUUUAUGAAUUUUACGUUUUCCAUUUUGAGGUAAACGGCCUUAUAUUGUCAGUAAACAUUUUUUUCCGAAUUAUCUCUGAAUGAGCUGAAAAUAAUAGGUUAAUCACGUCGUAGGUUAUUUGCGUUACUUUUUGCUUAUAUUAAAAAAAAAUAAUACAGACUGGGAUUUAGUACUGUGCCAAUAUUAUUUAACUCUUUAAUAACAUUUGUAGUAUAAGCUUAGUUAAUUUAGAAACUAUUAAGUUUGCAUAAAUAUUUUUUUAUGUCGUAUAAAACUGAUCUGUGUUGAAAAAAACGAAUAUAAACUGUUAUGAAAAAAUGUAUAUUUAUUUAGCAUCUUUAGUAUUACAUAAACAUAUAUAAAUAAUGCCUUAUUUUUUAACAAACAGUGUUUUUCAACAGGUGAGAAUAAAUAAAAUCAUUACAUGAUAUUUAACAAACAAUCACUUUAAUUGACUAGUUUCCAUUCUAUGGUAAAUGUCGACUAAUACUUAAUGUUUUGUUCUUUGUAAAAACUGUACUAUUAGGCUUACCAGUGUUUGUUGGAUAACUCGUCUUUAAAUAAAAAAAAUUGUCUGUAUGAAAGUCGCCAAACAGCCAUUUUGGGGCAAUACUCUAUUGCCAAUGCUGAACUAUGUUUUAAUUUUCAAUAUAUUUUUAUACGGUUUAUUAAUUUUCACAUAUUUUUAAUAAUUAAUUAUACGUUUCUAUACUUUAUCUAAAAUACUACAAUUAAAUUUUAAGUUUUAUACAAAUAGCAUAAAUCUAGGGACUUUAUGUUGUACUAAAGUCAUCGACCAAGUACCACAACCCAUUAUUCUCAUUUGCCUCAAAAUGGCAGUUUGACAUAUGUCAAUGUGCCAUUUUAUAUAAAAAAUUCAAGAUUUGAUUGUAAUUUGGAUAAAAAAAUAUUGGGUUUACUACGUUAUAAAUUGUUCAAAAUGUGUGAACUUAAUUCACAGCAUACAAAUUUAUGGAAAAUUUAAAUUUAUAUAUCAAAGUUGGCAAUAAGGAAUUUACCCCAAAAUGGCGGUUGAGAUAUUUUAUUAAUAUCUAGGGACUUUACAUUGUACUAAAGUCCCUAUAUUGACCAAGUACCGCAAUCAAUGUUCUUGUUUUCCUCAAAAUGGUGGUCUGAUAUAAUGUCAAUUUGUGUUAUUUAUAUAAAAAAGCUAUUAAAAUUUCAUUGUAGUAUUAUAAAUAGAAAUAUUGAGGUAUUGGCAAUGAAUUGUUCAAAAUAUGUGAAAAUUAAUUGUGUAGAAAUGUAUUGAAAAUCUAUAGUUCAAGGUUGGCAGUUGGCCCCAAAAUGGCAGUCGACUACGGUACUUAUCAAUAUCUAUUUAAGUCGUAUCUAUAGGGUGGGUCAUCUGUUGGUAUUUUUUUGAAAUUGUCAUUAAAUCUACACUGUUCCAUACAUUUCAACCCGUCUUAUUUUAAUCAAAAAAGUACACUAUCUGAUCGAUUGAACCCGUUAACCUAAUUUUACAGUACAUUAGUAAAUUAUUUGUAGAUCUAUUUCACAAACAGCAAAGUGCAUCGUUUGUGGAUCGUUGGAAUAGCAAAUAUUUCUUAGCGUUGUUCAAAUGUAAAUCGAUCUGUAUCUGUCAAUAUCAAUGACUUCAGUCUUACCAGAAGUCAAAAUAACUUAAAAAAAAACCAACAGAUGUCAGGCACCAUGUAUAGUGAUGAUUAAAAAACAAAACAAUCUAAUCGUACCUAAUAAAGACAAAAACGAUCGUACCUAAUAAAGAUAAAAACUAUAAAAAGGUGCACAGGGUAUUAUACGCUUCAUUUACUUGAAUUGUGGAGGACGAUUCUUUUUAUUUUACUGAGUAAAAGUCAAAGCAUUUUUUAAAAUAAGGUUUAGAAACAAAUUAUUAUUUUUGUUUUUUUUUGCUUGGCAAAAGUGGUAAUAAAGUUGAAAUUAAUAGUCCAGGCGGUAUCUGUUUCGGGUUGGGUAAAACGCAUAUGAUCGGAGAUUUUUGCU